AUGGGCUUGACUAUCUCCGGACUGUUCAACCGCCUUUUCGGCAAGAAACAGGUUCGUAUCCUGAUGGUCGGACUCGACGCCGCCGGAAAGACGACGAUCCUGUACAAGCUGAAGCUCGGCGAAAUUGUCACUACUAUUCCCACGAUUGGAUUCAACGUCGAGACCGUUGAGUACAAGAACAUUUCAUUCACCGUCUGGGACGUCGGCGGUCAGGACAAGAUUAGGCCUCUCUGGCGACACUAUUUCCAGAACACACAAGGGUUGAUCUUUGUGGUGGAUUCCAACGAUCGCGAGCGUAUCGAGGAGUCGCGGGAAGAGUUGCACAAGAUGCUCAACGAGGACGAGCUUCGUGAUGCCACGUUGCUUGUGUUCGCCAACAAGCAGGAUUUGCCGAAUGCCAUGUCGGCUGCUGAACUCACUGACAAGCUGGGGCUCCAUAAUUUGCGUUCGCGACAGUGGUAUAUCCAAGCCACGUGUGCCACGCAAGGACAUGGUCUCUACGAAGGUCUCGACUGGCUCUCCAACCAGCUGUCCAAGGUC